AUGAGAAUUUACUCCUGUCAUUUUUGCUCGUCGCCGGUAUAUCCCAGUAAGGGAAUCAUGUUCGUGAGAAACGACGCCAAAGAGUUCAGAUUCUGCCGGUCGAAGUGCCACAAGGCCUUCAAGCAGAGAAGAAACCCCAGAAAGUUGAGAUGGACCAAGGCUUUCAGAAAGGCCGCCGGCAAGGAGUUGGUUGUCGACUCGACUUUGACUUUUGCCGCCAAGAGAAACGUUCCUGUCAGAUACAACAGAGAGUUGGUCGCCACGACGUUGAAGGCCAUGUCCAGAAUCGAGGAGAUCAGAUUGAAGAGAGAGAGAGCGUUCUACAAGAACAGAAUGAGAGGAAACAAGGAAAGACAGCUUGCUUCCGACAGGAAGUUGGUCGAGAGCAAUCCAGAGUUGUUGAGAAUGAGAGACGUCGAAUUGAGAAAGAAGGCCGAGAAGUUGGCCGCCGCCGAGGCCGAGUCCGACGACGAGGACGAGGACAUGAUGGAUGUCGAGUCAGAGGAGGAGGAGUCCGACGAGGAGCUCAAACAAAAGGUUGUCUUGAAGGCAAAGAGAAAAGCAAGA